UGUAAUUUUGUUACUUGACGGCGUCAUUUUUUUGUCAAACAAGUUGGAUAUUAUUUUUUUUCUGGUUUGGUUUGCGCAAAAUGGCUAGAGGAUAAAAAUUUGGUUGGUACGGUCAGUUUUGGUUCUCUUUGAAAUUAUUUAUUAUAUUGUUAUAUAAACCCCUAAACCCCUAAACACCACGCUUUCAAGAGUUUCAAUUUGACCUUCUUCUUGGAAAUCAUUUCAAUUUCAAUCCAUUGGUUUCUUUAAAACACGAAACGCCGCGAGCCCUUGUGGCAUCGUAGCAUUGUUUCUUUCUUUUCCACAGUUGAUUAUGUGUUUUAGUGGUCAUUGGCAAAUUUCCAGGGAGAUCUGAAAGUGAAAUUGGGAAAUGGCUUCCAGAGCAAUGUUGAGAAGGAAGAGAAUCGUCACGGACUAUGUGACGGCUUCGUCUCGCACAACCCCUGGGUUCCAGUGGCUUGCGCACUACCAUGGUUCUCAGAAAUCGGAGUCCAAGGGUUUCAGCAGCAUCAUCAUGCAUUUGCAUAGGGGUAACAAUGAUGAUGGUGAUGAUAAAGUUUCAGUAGCGAAAGACGAAUUUAGGCGAUUAGGGUUCAUCUCAGGGACAACGGUGGGUAUAUCUCACCGAUGGAUGUCACAGUCGAUUCGAAAUGCUUCCACAGCUGCCACAGCAGCAGCGGCAGCUAAACAAACGGAACCGAUUGAUGAUGAGGAGAACGAACGUCUGGCUGCCAAAAAGAAAAAGCAGGCUUCUCCAGAGGAUUGCGAUCAAGCUGUCCAAGGUUUGAGUACUGCAAAAGCCGCCAAGGCCAAAAAGUUGCAAGAAUCUCAGAAGGACAAGUCUGCCAAACCCAUGUUGCAGAAAGUAUGGGCCACUUUCUUGGGGAUUGGUCCUGCUUUGAAAGCUGUGGCUUCCAUGAGCAGGGAAGACUGGGCCAAAAAACUUGUUCACUGGAAAACGGAGAUUGUGUCAACAUUGCAGCAUUAUUGGUUGGGUUUUAAGCUACUGGGUGUUGAUGUAAGGAUCUGUUCAAGAUUGCUGCUAAAGCUUGCCCGUGGCAAGACUCUCUCUAGAAGGGAGAAACAACAGCUAACCCGCACAACAGCUGAUAUUUUUAGGCUAGUUCCCUUUGCCGUUUUCAUCGUUGUUCCUUUCAUGGAAUUUUUGCUGCCAGUAUUCCUCAAAUUGUUCCCCAACAUGUUGCCAUCAACUUUUCAAGACAAAUUGAAGGAAGAGGAAGCAUUGAAAAGGAGGCUAAAAGCAAGGAUAGAAUAUGCUAAGUUCCUUCAAGAAACGGCCAAGGAAAUGGCAAAGGAAGUUCAGAACUCAAGGAGUGGAGAAACUAAGCAAACAGCAGAAGAUCUUGAUGAAUUUUUAAACAAGGUUAGAACAGGUGCACGGGUUUCUAACGAGGAGAUCUUGGGGUUUGCUAAGUUGUUUAAUGAUGAGCUUACCCUUGAUAACAUCAGCAGGCCUCGGUUAGUAAAUAUGUGCAAAUAUAUGAAUAUCAGUCCUUAUGGAACAGAUGCAUAUUUGCGAUAUAUGCUCCGAAAAAGACUACGUCGGAUUAAGGCUGAUGAUAAGUUAAUUCAAGAAGAAGGUGUAGAAUCCCUUUCAGAAGAGGAGCUUCGUGAGGAUUGUAGGGAGCGUGGCAUGCUUGGUUUGCGUUCUGUGGAAGACAUGCGCCAGCAGCUUCGUGAUUGGUUGGAUUUGUCUCUCAAUCACUCCAUGCCGUCUUCACUUUUGAUCCUUUCCAGGGCCUUCAUUGUGUCUGGAAGGUUGGAUCCAGCAGACGCUGUUCGAGCUACACUGUCUUCUCUGCCAGAUGAAGUGGUGGAUACUGUUGGUGUUACAUCGUUGCCAUCUGAAGACUCUGUAUCUGAAAGGAGGAGGAAAUUGGAUUUCCUUCAGAUGCAGGAAGAACUGAUGAAGGAGGAGGAAGAGAAAGAGGAAGAAGAGCAAGCCAGGAUGAAGGAAAUUAAAGCCAGUGAAGGGGAUUUGGCAUUGAAAGAGAUGACUAUUCCAACAGCAAAAGAAGCACAAGAACAAGCCAGGGCAAGGACACUAGAAAAGGAAGAGAAGCUCUGCGAAAUAAGUCGUGCGUUGGCUGUUUUGGCUUCUGCAUCUUCAGUGAGUAGGGAGCGUGAAGAGUUCCUGAGACUUGUCAAUAAGGAGAUUGAACUUUACAAUAGCAUGGUGGAGAAAGAGGGUACAGAUGGUGAAAAGGAUGCCUUGAGGGCAUAUAAAGCUGCUCGGGAUGAAAGUGACAGUACUUCUGUUGAGGCUGAAGGUGAUGAGGUUUCAUCAGCGCUCAUAGACAAGGUUGAUGCGAUGCUUCAAAAUCUUGAAAAGGAAAUUGAUGAUGUAGAUGCGCAUAUUGGUGAUCGCUGGCAAUUACUUGACAGGGAUUUUGAUGGGAAAGUAACUCCUGAGGAGGUUGCAGCUGCUGCGAACUACUUGAAGAAUACUUUAGGCAAGGAGGGUGUUCAAGAACUCAUAGGCAACCUUUCCAAAGAUAAAGAUGGGAAAAUUCUUGUGGAAGACAUUGUCAGAUUGGGCAGCCGGACAGAAGAUGCAAACCAAGCUGAAGGGGAGGGAUAGGGAAUAUAGACGAGUCGCUGACUUAUUUCAUUCAUGAUAUAUAUAAUAUAAUAUUGAUAGUUUUUGUUUAUGUCUGAAGUCUGAAUGGUUGUGGAGUGGAUUUGGGUUAGCUCCACUCUCCAGGUUUCGUUUUUCCAUAUACACGCAACGCAAGUGCUUUUGAGACCCCCCCGGUUUAAGAGA